GCUGUCUUGAGCAGCUUAUAAAUAAAAGGAGAAACGUCUCACAAGCCAUCUUAUCCUGCUGCUAAUUGAUUUCUUUAAUGGUGUAAGAACCAGACAAACUCUGUUAAUCUUAUCAAUCCACUUGUUCCAUCAUCAUCACCUUUGCUCUCUUUCUCUCGUCUGGUACUUACAUUCAAGUAUUAGAUACCAGUAAAUCCCUCUACUCCGGCCAGACUCCUCAAGAUAGCUUUCUUUUUUGUUAUUUUUUCUUUUUCUAUCGAUCAGUGCUUAGUUUAAUGGAUAUUUGAAGUGCGGAAAACUAUUGUUUUAAGUACUUUUCGGGCUUGGAUUUUUGGGAUUCGAAAAGGGUUCCCUUGAUCAUAAGUAAGUAUAUUAAAGAAUCGCAUUGCUCCAGGCAUCUCAAGAAACCCAUCCUUUUUCUCUUUCUUAAUGCUUGUACGGGAUUGAAGGGUCGAAACUAGUGGUUGAAGUACCUUUUUGGCAUUGAAUUGAUGGGAUUGUAAAUGGGUUCUCUUGAAAGUGGGCUUCAAUUGAAGAGAGAUCAGCAUUUACUUCGGUCUUCAUCUACUACAGGGAGGAGCUUUAAUCAGAGGCAGCAGGCUGCUAGAUCAAGAUUUGCAAGAUUGUUUUUCUUCAAGAAGUUUGAUUAUCUAAUAUGGAUUUGUACGGUAGCUGUGUUUCUUUUCUUUCUUGUACUUUUCCAAAUGUUCUUGCUCGGCUCAAUUAUGGAGAAAUCAGAGACUUUCUUGAGAGUGAAUGACGGAGUUGGUGAUGUAGAUUUGGCAUUGUUGAAAGGGUUUGGUGGAUUGGAUUUUGGUGAAGAUAUCAAGUUUGAGCCAUCAAAGCUAUUGGCCAAGUUUCGGAAUGAUGCUAUACUGGCUAAUCGAACUGUUGUUUCAAGGAAUCAUCUGACAUUUGGUUAUAGAAAACCCAAGCUUGCUGUGGUCUUUGCCAAUCUUUUGGUUGAUCCCUAUCAAAUACAAAUGGUUACUAUUGCAGCUGUAUUGCGGAGAGUAGGAUAUGAAAUUGAGGUGUUCUCCCUUGAUGAUGGUCCUGUACAUGCUAUUUGGAGAGAUUAUGGCUUUCCACUCCAUGUCAUUGAAGUCAAUGAGACCAUGAAGAUAGCUGUUGAUUGGUUGAACUACGAUGGGAUACUUUUGAACUCUCUUGAAUCGUUGGGGAUUUUCUCUUGCCUAAUGCAGGAACCUUUUAAAUAUGUUCCCCUUAUAUGGACCAUCCAUGAACAAACACUUGCUGAUCGUUUGAGAAACUAUGCUCUUACUGGGCAGAAUGAGAUUGUUGAAAGUUGGAGAAAAGUCUUCAGCCGUGCGACAGUGGUUGUCUUCCAUAACUAUGCUCUGCCGAUGAUUUAUUCGGCAUGUGAUGCUGGAAACUACUUCGUCAUUCCGGGUACUCCUGAAGAAGCAUGGGAUGCAGCUAAUAUGCUUACUGUUGACAAAAGUAACAUGCAUGUAAAGAUCGAAAAGAGGUCCAGUGACUUCAAUAUUUUGAUUGUGGGAUGUCAACUUUUGUAUAAAGGUCUAUGGCUGGAACAUGCCCUGGUAUUAAAGGCAUUACUACCAGUCGUUAAGGAAUUUCGCAGUAAUAGCAGUAUAGAUACUCAUUUUAAGAUCAUUUUCGUAGUUGGGGAUUCGAAUAGCAACUACAGUGCGGUUGUGGAGACCAUUGCUGCAAAUUUGACUUACCCAGAUGGAAUGGUGAAGCACGUGGCAUUUGAUGAAAAUGCAGACAAAAUUCUUAGUACAGCUGAUCUUGUCAUAUAUGCAUCCUUCCGUGAUGAGCCAUCUUUUCCAAACAUAUUGCUAAGAGCCAUGUGCUUUGAGAAACCAGUAAUAGCACCAGAUAUAUUUAUCAUCAGGAAAUAUGUUGAUGACAGAGUGAAUGGCUUUUUGUUUCCAAAAGAGAAUAUCAGAGUGCUGUCACAAAUAGUAAUGCAAGUGGUCUCAAAUGGGAAAUUAUCUCUUCUAGCUUUAAAUGCUGCUGCGAUUGGAAGACAAACUGCAAAGAACCUUAUGGUUUCAGAAAGCAUUGACGGCUAUAUUUCACUAUUGGAAAAUGUUCUCAAAUUUCCAUCUGAGGUUGCAAGUGUACAGUCUGUUCUUGAGAUACCUUCCAAUCUGAAAGCUUCAUGGCUAUGGCAUCCUUUUGAACAUAUCAGAAAUUUAAGUGAGCACAAUAAAACAAAGAGGAUUAAUAGAUUCUUAGACAAGUUUGAAAGGCAGUGGAAUCAUACUCAAAGAGAUGGUUCUCUACCUGCAGCUCUGACAGGUGAAAAUUUUGUUUACAGUAUCUGGGAAGAAGAAAAAUCUAUUCAGGUUGCUUACAUGAGGAAGAGGAGAGAAGACGCUGAGUUAAAGGAUAGAACUGAUCAACCUCGGGGGACUUGGGAGGAUGUAUAUCGUAAUGCUAGAAAGGCUGAUCGCAUUAAGAAUGAAUUGCAUGAAAGGGAUGAAGGAGAGCUUGAAAGGACAGGACAGCCAUUAACUAUCUAUGAACCAUAUUUUGGGGAAGGAACUUGGCCUUUUCUGCAUCGCACUUCACUCUAUCGGGGCGUUGGAAUGUCUACUAGAGGUCGGCGAAGCGGGGCUGAUGAUGUUGAUGCACCUUCUCGGCUUCCUCUUCUACAUAACCCGUAUUAUCGAGAUGUGCUUGGUGAAUAUGGAGCCUAUUUUGCAAUUGCAAACCGGAUUGAUCGCCUACAUAAAAAUGCUUGGAUAGGCUUCCAGUCUUGGAGAGUAACUGCAAGGAAGGAAUCUCUGUCAAGGACUGCAGAAAUUUCACUGUUAGAUGCCAUCCAAACUCGAAGACAUGGUGAUGCACUGUACUUUUGGGCUUGCAUGGACAUGGAUCCGAGAAACCCUCUGAAACAUGAUUUUUGGACAUUUUGUGAUGCUAUAAAUGCUGGGAAUUGCCGGUUUGCAUUCUCUGAGGCUCUAAAGAAGAUGUACGGCGUAAAGCAUAACUUGAGUUCUCUACCUCCAAUGCCUACAGAUGGAGAUACAUGGUCUGUCAUGCAUAGUUGGAUUUUGCCAACUAGGUCCUUUUUGGAGUUUGUUAUGUUCUCAAGGAUGUUUGUAGAUGCGCUUGAUGAACAAUUUUAUGAGGAGCACCAUCGAAAUGGACAUUGUUAUUUGAGUUUAACAAAAGACAAACAUUGCUAUUCACGGGUGCUUGAGUUACUUGUAAAUGUUUGGGCCUAUCAUAGUGCAAGGCGAAUGGUUUAUGUGAAUCCAGAGACCGGCGUGAUGCAAGAGCUGCACAGGCUUAAGAACCGAAGAGGUCAAAUGUGGGUCAAGUGGUUCCAAUAUAACACUCUCAAGAGCAUGGAUGAGGACCUAGCUGAGGAGGCAGAUUCAGACCACCCAAAAAGACGAUGGCUGUGGCCAUUGACAGGUGAGGUUUUCUGGCAAGGUGUAUAUGAAAAGGAGAGGAAUCUAAGAAAUCGAGAGAAAGAAAAGAGGAGGCAACAAAGUAAGGAUAAAAUUUCUCGAAUUCGGAGAAGGACUCGUCAGAAGACAAUAGGAAAAUAUGUAAAGCCUCCACCAGAAGAAAUGGAGAAGUCAAACUCAACAACAAUGAAAACCAAGCUCUUAAGGUAGCAUUCUCUUAGUGUACUUAGUGUCUGUAAGAGUAGUUUAGUUUGGUAUAUUACAAUUAUUUUGCCUCAAAAUUCACCCUACCAUUGUUUCAUUUUUGUUUAGAAAGGGUGCCUAGGUUUCAUGUAUUUCAUUUGAGGUCUUGUAUGUAUAUGGCAUCCUUCUGAUAUUUGCCGCUCAGGUCCUGAAAAUGUAUACAAAUUCAUUUGUUUUCGUACUUCCCCCACCUUUUUGGUGUCUUGUCUUCCUGACUUCUUUCUUUGAGACAUUGAUAAGGGAAGCAAGCACAUUUCCUUGUAAUCUAACUGGCAACAAUGUGCUGAGCAUCUGUGAAUGAUGAUAUCAUUGUAACUUCAGAAGUGAUC